UCCCAGUGCUCCCUAAACCCGCCACUCUGGAGCUGGGCUGUGCAGCUGACGCAGGACGGCGAUGGGAAUGGAAGCCCGUGUGCUCGUGAGGCUGGCAUGCAGGAUGGCAGGACAGCCCAGCCACAUGCCCCACGGAGGGAGUCCCAACAACCUCUGCCACACCCCGGGGCCUGCCCACCCACCCGACCCACAGAGACACCCCAGCACCCUGUCUUUUCGCUGCUCGCUGGCAGACUUCCAGAUCGAGAAGAAGAUAGGCCGAGGACAGUUCAGCGAGGUCUAUAAGGCCACCUGCCUGCUGGACAGGAAGACUGUGGCUCUGAAGAAAGUGCAGAUCUUUGAGAUGAUGGACGCCAAGGCCAGACAGGACUGCGUCAAGGAGAUCGGCCUCCUGAAGCAACUGAACCAUCCGAACAUCAUCAAAUAUCUGGACUCAUUCAUCGAGGACAACGAGCUGAACAUCGUGCUGGAGCUGGCUGACGCUGGGGACCUCUCACAGAUGAUCAAGUACUUCAAGAAGCAGAAGCGGCUGAUUCCUGAGAGGACGGUGUGGAAGUACUUCGUGCAGCUCUGCAGCGCCGUGGAGCACAUGCACUCGCGACGGGUGAUGCACCGAGACAUCAAGCCUGCCAACGUGUUCAUCACGGCCACGGGCAUCGUGAAGCUCGGCGACCUCGGCCUGGGCCGCUUCUUCAGCUCCGAGACCACCGCGGCCCACUCCCUAGUUGGGACGCCGUACUACAUGUCACCGGAGAGGAUCCACGAGAAUGGCUACAACUUCAAGUCGGACAUCUGGUCCCUGGGCUGUCUGCUGUACGAGAUGGCAGCUCUCCAGAGCCCCUUCUAUGGAGACAAAAUGAAUCUCUUCUCCCUCUGCCAGAAGAUUGAGCAGUGUGACUACCCGCCACUCCCGGGGGAGCACUACUCUGAGAAGCUUCGAGAACUGGUCAGCAUGUGUAUCUAUCCUGACCCUGACCAGAGACCAGACAUCGGGUAUGUGCACCAGGCUGCCAAACAGAUGCACAUCUGGAUGUCCAGCACCUGAACACGCGUGCACCGUGCCUUGUCAAAAGCCAACACCACUCUGCCUUACUUGAGUACUCUUCUCUGAAGUGACCACCUGGUAGCCUGAAUCAGCUGACACGAGAGGGUCCAUCAGGUCCCCCAAAGGCAGCCUUUAAGGCAGACACUGAACGCAGAGCACCGGGCAAUGGGCAAAUUCCAAAGUCCCUUCUUUGUACUGUUGCGGGCAAUCUCGGCUGGGUUAACAAGAGCUAUAGAGUGAGCCACUGAAGCCCCCUCGUAUCUGGACCGUAAUGUGAAUCUUUGGGCAAUUCCUCCAGGGGCCUGGCCAAGUCUCCACGGACAGGACAGGUGUGAUUUGUGUGGUGAGCCUUCGCAAAGACUAGCAAGUGAAGUUUAGUUCUUAAGUAUCUUUCCAAACAAUCAAGCUGUGUGCUUAAUUUACUCUGUUGUAUAAAGGGAUAAGUGAAAAUAAUUUUGUAAGUAGAGUAGAGAUUUUGCUAAUAUUUUUAUCUGCAUUUUGUAACUUGAGUAACAGGGAGGAAAACCCAACAUCUAGCAUCGAGUUUCACGAGGCAAACGGCCUGGAGCGUGUGGUUUGAGGUCUGAUUUGCCACCUUCUCCUGAACACCUGCCCUGUGUCAGGCACUGUCACCUCCUGUGAUGCUGAUGGUUCUUUGCAUGAUCAGUGUUAAGCAUUUUCCUCUGUGAGAAGGAAGCAUGGACUACAUGAACAAUCUAAUGGCUCUGCCCAAAGCUGUUCUUUCCAAUUUCUGGUUCUGCAACUUCCUAGUGUUACCUGGGCAAGUUUCAUAGCUUUUUCUGAGCCUUAAGUUCCUCAUCUGUAAAAUGGAAGGAUAAUUUAAUCUACCUUCAGGUUUGCUGACAGAAUUUGAAAUAAAAGAGGCAAGUUAGCAUACUGCAGAUGAUCCAAUAGCGAGAGCCAUUCACCAUUUUGAAAACUCAAGUGCAUAGACUAUGCAAGUUGAGAAUUAAAGUGCAACUGUAUUAUGUGUAGGAAACCAGAAGCGUGUUCACAUAUUUCUUGUUCCCAAACAGGAUUAACUGUGAAGACUAAUUUAUAAAUGUGAAUUUAAGGAAACUGAAGCUCUGGAGGAAA